GCUCUCCACAGCUCUCUCAUGAUCAUUGACGACGACAGCAGCUCACCAAAGGCGGCCUCCUACCGACAUCCUACUGCUCUUGAUGUGGAAGCUGGACCACCACCUUAUAGCGACACUCCCAAUGCAGCUGCUGAUGUCCCAUUACUUAGUUCUCUGCCAAAUGAAGAUAGUGAUCGACGACGGCGCAAGGGCCGCAAACAACAGCGGCGACGCAAAUGGCUCAUGAUCAUAUUCGCCUCUGUGCUGCUAAAUGUGCUGCUUGUAGUCGCGCUUGUGCGUGUUUUGCGAAGGGAGGAUGAAGGAUUGGAGUUCGAGCACCAUUGGGAGAAGCAAAUGGCGUCACCUCUGCUGCCGUCGAGCCACGUGGACUCUCAGGACAUGGAGACAGAACCAGAACAUGAAGAGGUACCGCCCUCGCAGCAAGCGGAAGGAUUUGGCAUAGGACGAAAAGGCGGCAGUAGUCGUGGCCGUAGCCGUCGACGUGGAGAGGGAUACCGCAACCGAGGUUCUCGAUAA